GGGGGCCUGACGUCAGAGAGGCGCGCCACUGCUCACGGUCACUCUUCUGUUAAGUGGAACUGCCCAGAAAUAGUGCGGGGAAAAAAGACCCACUGAGGUUUUCGCCGGGGCUUUGCAGCUGUGUGUCUUGUCGGAUAUCUGCUGGCUCACGUUACUGUGCCGAGGUAAAGACCGAAAGUUUACUUUUACCGGGGUUGUGUCCCCCUUGAAGCGGAGGCCCCAGAACCACAGCCAUGUCCGGCUCCUACGAUGACUCCAUGAUCGACGUCUCCAGUGACAGCUUCUGGGAGGUGGGGAAUUACAAACGCACAGUGAAGCGCGUAGACGAUGGGCAACGCCUGUGCAAUGACCUGAUGAACUGCGUCCAUGAGCGUGCGCGCAUCGAGAAGGCGUAUGCCAUGCAGCUCACAGAGUGGGCUAAGCGCUGGCGGCAGCUCAUCGAGAAAGGUCCCCAGUAUGGAACACUGGAGCGAGCCUGGACUGCCCUGAUGACCGAAGCGGAGAAGGUGAGCGAUCUUCACAUGGAGGUGAAGACGUCACUCAUGAGCGAGGACUUCGAGAAGAUCAAAAACUGGCAGAAAGAGGCCUAUCAUAAGCAGAUGAUCGGUGGCUUCAAGGAGACAAAAGAGGCAGAGGAUGGCUUCCGCAAAGCCCAGAAACCCUGGGCCAAGAAACUCAAAGAGGUGGAUAUAAUGAAGAAGACAUAUCACUCGGCCUGCAAGGAGGAGAAGCUGGCCACUAGCAGGGAGAACAACAGCAAGCUGGAGAGCAACAACCCAGAUGCUCAGAAGAAGCUGCAGGACAAGGUGGAAAAAUGCCAGCAGGAAGUGCAGAAGAUGAAAGAGCGGUACGAGAAGUCUCUGGAGGAGCUGGACAAGAGCACACCCCAGUACAUGGAGAACAUGGAGCAGGUGUUUGAGCAGUGGCAGCAGUUUGAGGACAAGAGGAUUCGCUUCUUCAGGGAAGUCCUGCUGGAAGUGAAGAGUCAUCUGGACCUGUCUGCCAACCCCAAGUUCCAGACAGUUUACCAUACGCUGGAGGAUACCAUCAAAUCUGCAGACGUGGAAGAGGACUUGAAGUGGUUCCGGUCCAACCAUGGCCCUGGGAUGCCCAUGAACUGGCCACAGUUUGAGAACCUGGGCCAGUCUGUUUCUUCCUCCCGUGUGCGACGGUCCAUAUUAGAGUGGUCCAUAGACCUGAACCGGACCCUCAGCAGGAGAGACAAGAAGAGGCCAUCUGAUGGAGUCACCCUGACAGGGAUCAACCAGGCCAGCGAACCAGCAGCCAAGACUAAUGAUGGCCUAACCCUACACAGCAAUCCAGAGCAGGGAGGCUCUAACCCCUUUGAGGAGGAAGACGCUGACCAAGAGGCUACCCCAGCCCUCCCUUUUGCUAACGAGGAGGUUAAAACCAAAAUUGUUGCAAAGACACAGGAUUGGUCAGAUGAUGAUGACACAGGAAAUCCGUUUGCUGGCAAAACCAAUGGUAGCGGGAAUCCUUUUGACGAUGAGCCGUCAUCCCCGGCCGUCUCAGUACCUGUCCGUGCGCUGUAUGACUAUGAAGGCCAGGAGCAGGAUGAACUCACAUUCAAAGCAGGUGAUGAAUUUACUAAAAUUGGGAAUGAGGACGAUCAAGGCUGGUGCAAAGGUCUCCUGAAGGACGGACAUGUGGGACUAUAUCCAGCCAACUAUGUUGAAAAUAUCUAGUAGCACCCAGGGUGAGUGGUGGGGGCAGAGGGAACAGAGACCCUGAGCCAGCUUUCUGCCUUCUGCCCCCUAGUGGCCAAAGCCAGAGUGGUGGCUGUUGAGGACUGUGCGGGACAAAAACCAAAGCCAUGCCUUUUUUUUUUUUACCACAAAACUGUUUGGAAAAAGGAGCCAGACAGAGCCUGGAUGCACAUCAGUCUUUUCAGUCAUUAUAAGCAGUUGCAAAAGCCUUCAGAUCUCGACCAGAAACAUGAACUGCACAUGAAAAAUGUUUGGAAAUGCACAUUUUCCCAGGAAAUUUCCCAGUUGAAAAUUUGAAACCUAUGGAAUGUGUACACUGUGGACAGUCUUUGUGUGUAUUCACAUAUAUAUAUAUAUAUAUAUGCGAGAGUGGCUCUUCUGGGUUAGUGGGUUUGCUGUAAGUAGGUCGUUCAGGAUCCUCUGCUGAUAUUACUCACUUUGUAAUCAGCCGAUGAACUGAGAAGCUUGGGUGAGACAUGGCGAUUGUAAACUUUAUACUAUUUUAUUUUAUUUCUGUGUUUGAGAUUUCCUAGUUCAUUGUUUCACUGAAAAUGGUCAGCAAAUGUUUAUGUUGAUCAGACCUCAGCACACCAGGUUAGAAAGCCCUUAAUGAGACUGAUUAUUUAAUGUUGGGUUACAUCUUCCUUCUAUUGUAUUUUUAUGCUGUUCCACUCAUGGUGCACCUGUCUGUGUAUAUUUUUUCACAGGUUUUGCAUGAUCAGUUAUGGUUCAUAGUUUAGUUUCUGCACUGACUAUUAAUUAUUUUUCUUGGUAAAUGUGUAUCAUUCUUGGUUCGUUCUGGAGCAGUUCUGAAUGUUCAACAAUGGCUCACUUGAAAAUACAAUUUAUUCGAGCAAGCACUGGAAAUUUUGAUGUCAGGCCACAGAAAUUGCUAUUAGAUUGAUCACACAUUUUUAUGACUGUCAAGCCCUCAUUGUCUUAAACGACUCUAAAGAAAUAAAACAUUUGCCUUGUUUUGCGUGUAAAUAAACAUGAACUUGUAAACAAAUUAAAUGAUUUCACAAGCUAUACAAGCAAAAAGUUAAUUUAUAGUACUGCUUUAGUGCUGUUGAAGAAAUGCUGUGAUUUUAAGCCGCUUCAGAAUAAUUGAAUGUUUUAUCAAGUUUGAAUUCUGAGACUAUUGUGAAUAUUCUUUUGGAAGUUUGUAAACAUCCACAACAAAGAUCUGCAAUAUUUUUCUGUCUGUUUUUGUCUUUUUACAUAACUGUAAAUGCUUAGUACUUGUAAAUGAUUUGAUCAUUGAUCAUUUCAAUGUAAAAGCUCGAUUGUACUUUGUAUUUUUAACUUCAAAGUAUGUUAAUCCUUUUCUUUUUUUUUUGGCCUGAUGUUCUUAGUAUGAGGAAAAAAUACAGUCGAUGCCGACGGCAAUAGUCGCUUUUUCGAAGACCAGGCCGGCAUAUAGCGACCGACCGUGAAAUGUAUAUUUGGUAGUAUGUGUCAGGCAGAUCUUUGAGGAAAUACAAAUUAUUCUUGCACAGUUGUUUGUAAAUGCUAUCCCCUCUAAAAAACACCAAUAAAAUAUUGUAUUAUAUAUAA